GAUGAUAACCUUAGCUAGUUAGCUACAAGCUAGAGAAUUGACGAGAUUGAUUCAGCCAGUACGCAAUACGACAAUAUAAUAAUGUCAGGGGCGCAAGGAGCACAGCCAAAGGGAGAUCUAACACCAACCACGUAUGAAUCAGUUGAUCAGAAAGAGGAGAACAAGCCUCGAAUGGAUAUCCAUUCCCAUGAAGAUGAGCGUGGUAUUCAGAUUGAUAAAGUUCAGGACAAGGUCAAAGAUGCCGCCGGCUUAGGUGGCCCUGUUUUUGGUGCUGGCGAGGAAGAGAACAAGCAAGACUUAGGCGUUACCGGCACCGCCGACUAAAAGUAAUCAACAAUAUUGUACCAACUCGUCCAGU